AUGCGGGUCAUAAUCAUAGGCGGCGGCAUCGGCGGCCUCACAACCGCAAUCGCCCUCUCCCGCGCCCUCCCCGACUCGACCAAAAUCGACGUCUACGAACGAGUCCCCGUCCUCCUCCCCAUCGGCGCCGCAAUCUCAGUCUGGUCAAACGGCGUAAAAGUACUCAAACACCUCGGCCUCGGCGACGCCAUCGAGGCCGCCGCGGGCGAUAUGCAGCGGAUGGCUUACAAAACCAAAGACGGUAAAGAUCUGUGCGACUUCAGUCUGCAGCCGCUGUAUGAGAAGGUCGGGCAGCGGGCCUGUCCCAUCGCACGUACGCAUUUACAGCGGAUCCUGCUGGAGGGCGCCACCCAGUCCUGCACCAACGUCACCGUCCACCUCGACAAAGCCGCGGCCUCAUUCACCCAAUCCGCCACCUCCGUCACCAUCACCUUCUCCGACGGCGCCUCCGAAACCGCCCACCUCCUCAUCAUCGCCGAAGGCACCCACUCCAAGCUCCGCAACACCGUCAUCGGCCGCCCCGUGCAGCGCUCCUACGUCGGCUACGUCAACUACAACGGCGCCGUCCCCAUCACCCCCGCCCUGUCCGAUUCCCCGACAACAUGGACCCAGUACGUCGGCGACGGCAAGCGCGUGAGCAUGAUGCCCAUGGGCGACGGCCACAAAUUCUACUUCUUCUUCGACGUCUCGAUGCCCGCCGGGUCGGUGGCCUCCCACCCCGACACCUACAAAAACGAGCUCGCGGCCUAUUUCGCCGGGUGGGCGGACCCCGUGCAGAACCUGAUCAAAACCCUGGAUCCCGCAAAGGUCGCCCGCGUCGAAAUCCACGAUAUCGAGGAGCUGACCACCUUCGUCAACGGCCGCGUCGCCCUCCUCGGCGACGCCGCUCAUGGCACCGCCCCCGAUCUCGGCCAGGGCGGAUGUCAGGCCAUGGAGGACGCGUGGGUGCUCGCCCAGGCCCUCAAGAACCACCCCGGGGAUCACAGUGCGGCGUAUGCGGAGUAUGACAAGCUGAGGGUCGAGCGGACCGUGCAGUUGGUGUCGAGGGCGAGGAAACGCGCCGAGAUGAUACAUGGCAAGGACAUGGCCGUGACCAUGGCGUGGUAUGAGGAGCUGGCGAGGGAGAGUGGGGAGGGGAUCAUGGACGGGAUGAGUAAGACGAUUCUGGGAGCACCGGCGGGACUCGAUAGCGCCGUGGAGCCAUUGAAGAAAGAAGGACUGAUGUGA